CCCGCAUCCGCCGCAGCGAAGCAGCGACCGCCGAACCUCAUCGUGUUCCUCGCGGACGACCUCGGGCGCAACGACGUCGGCUACGCGCACCGCGACGGCGGGCCGGGGCGCAUCGCCUCCCCUCGCAUCGACGCGCUCGCGGCCGAGUCGCUGGUGCUCGACCGCUUCUACGCGCAGCCCAUGUGCACGCCGACGCGCGCGGCGCUCAUGACGGGGCGCCACGCCUACAGGACGGGCCUGGCCUAUUUCGUGCUCCUCGCGAACCAGGGCACGGGUCUGCCGGCGGCCGAGGUCACGGUCGCGGAGCGGCUCCGCGACGCGGGCUACUCGACGCACAUGAUCGGCAAGUGGCACCUGGGCUUCGCGAAGAAGGCCAUGCUGCCGACGUCGCGGGGCUUCGACCGCUUCUUCGGCUACUGCCUCGGGUCGUCGGACUACUGGCUGCACCAGAGCCCGGAGUGGGUCCCCGGCGUGCCGAGCACGGACCGCGCGACGGGCGCCGAGCCGCCGACGACGGGCGGCAUGGGCCACGACCUCUGGGACGGCGCGACGCCGCUCCCGCGGACGCCGAAGACGGAGAACGUCCACUCGGCGGACCUCUUCGCCGCGCGCGCGACCGAAACGUUCGCGACGGCGCCCCGGGACAAGCCGCUCUUCCUCUACUACGCGUCGCAGGCGCCCCACGCCCACUUCGUCGGCGCGCCGCCGCGCCACGUCGCCGCCGCGGCCGCGAUGGGCUUCGCGGCGGGCGACCCGCGCGCGGACGUCGCCGCGCUCGUCGCCGCCCUGGACGAGCAGGUCGGCAACGUCGUCGACGGCGUGCGCGCGAGCCGCGGCUGGGAGAACACGGUGCUCUGGUUCAUGGGCGACAACGGCCCGGAGCCCGGCACGGGCGCGUCGAGCUGGCCGCUCCGCGGCGCGAAGCGGACGCUCUUCGAGGGCGGCGUCCGCGAGCCGUCGUUCGUCUACGCGCCGGGCCGCGUCGCGCCGGGCGCGUCGUCCGCGCCCGUCCACGUCAUCGACGUCGCGCCGACGCUCCUGGGCCUCGCGGGC